AUGAAAUCAAAUCAGUCAAAAUUCUGUUUUAAUUGGCUUAAUCUACCGCUCAGAUACUCGUGUGGUGCAAGUUUGAAUGCCAUGGGGCACAUGUGCCUCCUCAAGGUGGGCGUACACCAAUUUCUUUCUGCAAGAACUUAUUUGUCUGCGGGGAUUUCUCCGAUGAGAAGAACCUCUAUGACUGAAAUGGCAUAUGGACCAAAGAUGAAAUGGCAAGAAGAACUAGAUGAACGGCAGAUGGAGAAGUUACCUUUGAGGAAGCAGCUGAUCAAGUUGAAAUGCCAAUUACAGAACAUUGGUGCUUUUGCAUAUGAGCUGACGUACAUGAGAGUUGAACAUGAUGCCACCAUUCACCAUCCAAUGCCAAUUUCAAGUUAUAUGUCAUCAGGCAGGCAGAAUUUCUAUUUAAGUGGACAAACCAUUAAUCUCCAAGAAUACAGUUGA